AUGUCGUCAUCAACAGCACAAUUAAUUUUUUUUGCUUCUCAACAAUAUACAAUCUAUGUUAGUUUUAUUAUUUUAUUUAUUGGUAUUCUUGGACAUUUUUUUAAUAUCUUUGUAUUAACUCAUCUUAAAAUAUUCCGAGGAAAUCCAUCUGCUUUUUAUCUCAUCGUAGAAUCGAUUGUUGAUUUACUUCAAAUGAUGAUUUCAUUUACAUCUCGUAUUGCAAUCAAUGGAUUUGCUAAUGAUUUAACACAAACAUCAUUAGUUUGGUGUAAAUUAAGACAAUUAUUUGUUCAAUAUUUUACUCUCUUAUCACAUACUAUAGUUUGUUGUGCUGCUAUUGAUCAAUAUUUAUCAACAAAUUCUUAUCCAUUUAUAAGACAAAUGAGUACAAUUAAAUUAGCUAAAGUUCUUACAAUGAUUGCAAUGAUAAUUUGGAUUCUACAUUGUAUACCAGUCGUGAUCUUCUUUGAAAUUCAACCAACAUAUGGAUGUAAUAUAUAUAAUCAACAUUUUCUGAAUUAUAUUACAUAUAUCUAUUAUCUCAUACUGACUGCUACUUUACCCAUUAUUGUUUCAACUUUCUUCAGUAUAUUAGCUUAUCAAAAUGUUCGUCAUAUUGUACGGCAUCAGAUGCCAUUACGUCGACGAAAACUUGAUCAAGAAUUGACAGCAAUGAUUAUUGUUCGGGUUAUUUUUUUAGUUGUCACAACAUUACCAUAUGCUAUACAACGGUUUUAUACACUUAGUACGCUCAUAAUCGUAGACAGUUUGAUUCGUAGAUCAAUUGAAGAACUUAUUGGAGCUGUAACUUUUUCACUUUUUUAUCUUAAUUUUUCAGGUUCUUUCUAUUUACUUUUAAUAUCAUCAGCAAGAUUUCGUCGGCAAGUUAAACAUGUACUCAUAAACAAAUGUUGGCGAACCUAUUGCAAGAGAAUAAUACGUCAUAAUCAAGUUGCAGCAGUAACUCAACAUUCCAGUAGUGAAUAUGAUUUACAAUCAGUUCAUUAG